AUGGCUAAGAACAGGAGGAGCUCCGGCGUGGGGUCUUCGGAUCCCAGCGGCGCUGCUACCGGGCUGUCUAGGAGCGGCAAACCCGGAGGCGUGUCGGGCCGGUUGGUGAAUGUGUUCGAGCAGCUGUGGAACCGUCGCAAGUUCGACAUUCUGGGACGCAAGGUCAAGGGCGAUGUUCGCGCCAAGUCCAUCGGCAAGGCUAGGAGUGCUGCUGUGGAAAAGAGGAAGGCGACGUUGCUGCAGGAGUUCCAGCAGCGCGGCAAGGCGAACCUGUUUCUGGAUCGGAGGUUCGGCGAGGGCGAUGAGUCCAUUCCCGAGGGCGAGAAGGCCAUCGUGCGAUUCCAGAAGGAGCGCAUGGCCCAGCUGAGUCGCAAGAACAGGUUCUCCCUCGGGGACGACGACGAGAGCGAAGACGACAACGGGGGGGACGAUGACGGAGGCGGAGGAGGCGCGGGUAGGCGCAGCGGCAGGCGGGCAGCGGCGAGCGAGGACGGCGACUUGCGUCUGACGCACGGCGGGCGGGACAUUGACGACUUUGACGACUCGGACGUGUCUGGCUUCGGGGAGGAUGAGGACGACGAUGAUGGAGCACUGGGCGAUAAGAUUGUGAGCGAGUAUCAUUUCGGUGGUGGCUUCGUUCCCAAGGCCAAGUCGGCCACAGACGCACAUCUUGAUGCAGGGACUGAGCAGGGCGUGGGGGGAGAGGAGCGGCAGAAGACGAAGAGGGAGGUGAUGGAGGAGGUGAUGGCGAAGAGCAAGCUGUUCAAGGCGAAGCGGCGGGCGGAGAAGGAGAAUAGAAAUCACUAUCUUAUUCACUAA